AAAUCUCAAACAUAGUACACUACAACUAAUUCCUCUUCCUCUGUUGAUCGAGUUCUUGUUUUGAACCACAUAACUAGAAAAGCAAAUUAAAAUGAUAAGCAAAGCUUCUUCUAUCAAUUAUGAAAAAAAAAAAGCUUCUUCUAUCAGAUGCUGCUUGUUCAUAAUUUGGAUUCUCAUGGUUUCAUCUGUAUUCUAUGGCAACCACGGACGUAGUAAAAUUGGUGCAGGUAAAAAUGGGAAAGCUCACGCCAAAUCUGCUCUGCCAAUUGGACCACGUGUACCUACCACUCCCAAACCUACCACUCCCAAAUCUGUCACUGAUGAAGCAAACAAUGCGGCAACAGUAUUCGACUGUGGUCAUGGGAAGUACGCUUCUUGCAUGCCUUCAGGCGAUAGAAAUUGUAAACCGUAUAGGCGUUGCAGAGCCGGACGAAACUGAAACAAGCAAAGCCACUAUAUAGUACUUCCACCAGGAGUGAUAUAUAUAUAUAUAUAUAUAUAUAUAUAUAUAUAUAUAUAGAUCAGAUCUUAAGAAAGUGAGGGACUUAUGUGUUGCUUCAUCUGUCCAAAACUAAAUUGUAAUUGUUAUAUCUUUUUGAAAUAUAUAAUUGUUAUAUCUUUUAAGAAGGGGCCGGAAAUGCAAUUGUAAUUGUUAUAUCGUUUUGAAAUAUUUAGAGUAACAUUUUCUGUA